GUAGCGAUGAUGGUGCUUACGAAAUGGAGAUAGGAGCUGAAAACAACACCCUCGUCUUGUAUUUGAAUGUUUUUAUUGUUUAGUAAAACUAAAUUACCGACGAGUGGGGGAAUAUAUUGAUAACAGUCUGAAUGCUGACAACAGUCUGAAUGCUAACAACAGAAGCCAGCGAACACUUUGUGAAAUGCGGUUCUCGGUAGGAUGAGCAGGAAUCAAGUUGACGAUGAGUUUAUUGCAGUGCGAGUCCAGGACCCUCGCAUUCAGAAUGAGGGUUCAUGGAAUUCAUACGUCGACUAUAAAAUAUUCAUCCACACCAACAGUAAAGCCUUCACGGCCAAGACGUCCUGCGUGCGACGGCGCUACAGCGAGUUCGUGUGGCUCAAGAAGAAGCUGCAGAAAAAUGCGGGUUUGGUUCCGGUCCCAGACCUUCCGGGAAAAUCCAUCUUCUACUUCAGCAAUGAGGACUUUCUGGAAAGACGAAGAAAAGGACUUCAGGUCUUUUUAAACAAAGUGGUGCACAUGACGGUGUGUCUGUCCGACAGCCAGCUCCACCUGUUCCUGCAGACCCAGCUGCCCGUCGGCCACAUCCAGGACUGCGUUCAGGGCCUCACGCCGUUCUCUGUGAUGGAUGCCAUCCUCAACUACGCCUCGUCCAAUCAGGGCCUGGCUCAGGCUCAGGAGGAGGAGUCCAUCAGGGAGCCCAGUUUGACCAUUUCUUACGAGUCUAUGGAGAGUCCAGCUCCUCAUCAGCCUCAUGUGACUCCAAACCCUGAAGUACUCCCAUGUGAGGAAUCCGACCCCUCCGUAGAUGUUCUGGACUCAGAUGAAAUGCUGCACAAGAAGAAACCUUCAGUGAGGAUUUCCCAGAAAAGCCACCAUCUGGAGGUUGUUGUUGAGGACCGUGAACCCACUCAGGCCAUCUUCUAUCUGGGCGAGAAUCCCAGAGAUCCGGCGAGCCUCGGCCCUGCAGAACAAACCGAACGGAGGAGCUGCCUGAUUCAGACACCGGUGGAGGUCCACUCCCCCAUGGAGACGGAGUGCGAGCUGGACAACGGGUUCGAGGAGGAGGAGAGCGGCGUCGCAAUAAAUACAGAUAAAAAGAGCGAGGAUCAUUCAGAGGCUAAAGAAAACCAAAGCAGAGUCAGUUCUGAGCCUGAAACGGGUGUGAAAUCUGAAGAGGUUUUAUCUUUCAGGGUCAAUAACACGGAGGAAGUUGGAGAACGUGUCGCUCCAAAGGACGUCUGUUCUGAAAAACCUGAUUUGAGAAAUCCCUUUACGUCUCAGGUGUACAAAGGUCUAAGUUCAAAUGUCCAAUCAGAAAGGGAAACAAAUUCUGAUGACGAAAUAAAUCAUGGAUCAGGCAGGAAAGAUGAAACCAUUCCUCAGUCAGAAGUCAGUGUAGAGACUCAGAAUGUGGACGGUGCACCUGAGGGGGAACCCAGUGACUCGGUACAAGAAAAUCUCCAACAGGAAGUCGAACUCACGGUUGAAGACGAAAUCCUCAUAAAGACUUCUAAUGUGAACGGUGCUCCUGAGGUGGAAUCUGAUUACUUGGUACAAGAAAGACACAAACAGGAAGUGGAACACGUGGACAAAAACAAUGUUCUUCAGGCAGAAGUUCACAAGAACGGCACCUCUGAGGUGGAACCCACAGACUGGAUACAAGAAAAGCAUCAACACAAAGUUGAACACAAGGACAGAGAAGAACCCCUACUUCAAUCAGAGAUUCAUCAAAAUGGGAACAGUGCCCCUGAGGGGGUACCCAGUGACUUGGUACAGGAAAAGCACCAACAGGAAGUGGAACACAAGGACAAAAACAACGUUCUCCUUCAGCCAGAUGUCCAUGAGAGUGGUGCACCUGAGGAGGAGCUCAGAGAAUCAGUGCAAGAAAAGCAGCAAAUCGAACAAACAAUUAGGGAUGAAAUUCUACAGUCAGAACUUCUCGGGGAAACUCAGAAUGGGAACAGUAGACCUGAGCGGGUACCCAGUGACUCGGUACAGGAAAACCCCCAACAGGAAGUGGAACACAUUCAGUCAGAAGUCCAUGAGAAGGUUUCGCCUGAGGUGGAACCCAGUGACUCGGUCCACCAAGUGGAACACGCUGAGAGCGAAGAGGACAGCACUUCGCUGACGUCUUCCGACGAGAGCAUCGUCCAACGCAGCGAGGAGGGAAGUGUUUGUGAGAACUCGGAGGACGUCAGAAACUGGUCAGAGAACAUUCUGGACCUGCACGUCAACGGGAGUCUCCAGGACGAAGAGGACAUGACCAACACGAUGGAUCUGAUUAAAUCUCCAGAGCUUCAACCAAUCACAGCCGAUGGGGAUUUGACUGAAAACGGGGACUUCAGCAUCUUGGAGACCAGCUGUUUGACUGAAGGAGAUAAAUUUACAAAGCAGGAAGCUCCAUCGACACCUUUACUGAACGGCUCUGAGGAGACACAUUAUGGACAAUAAAUCCUUGAAGUUACACUAAAGACAUUAUUAUUAUUAUUAUUAUUAUUAUCGUUAUUAUCAUCAUCACCACAAUUUGGGUGAGCUGGUGGGUUACAGCCAGACAGAGCCACGUUUAAAUCAAAACUUAAAGUCUGAGAUUGUCGUUUACAUUCAGGAACUUGUUUACUUUACCUUUCUCAUCUGGCAGGUUGGUUGGAUUCUGUGACCAGCAGAGGGCGCUGAAGUCGCAGAUAUUGCUGAAGUUGUGGUUUUAUGGGUCAAAAGCUUUUCUUGUCACGUGCAGGUUGAGCCAACAAAUAAACACUUGAAAGAUGAAUAAUUUGAAUAACAAACACUGGAAGUUUAUUACUGCUGUUUUUCUGUGAGUCAACAAAAACAUGCCUUUGAUAGAAUUUACAAAGUAAAAAGUUUAAGAUUAAAUACUUCAAAAAAACAGGUUUUAUUUGAAUACUUUACAUUUUCACUCCAGAAAGACAUCUCUAAACGAGUAUGACGGAUAAAAAGACCUUGAACUUUUACAGUGUAUGUUUUAUCUAUAGAACCACACAGAACUCUUCCUGCUUUUAUUUCCAGCUUUGUUUGUGUUCAGAUUGUUUCACUUGGAAAAAAAUCACAUAACCACAUUUGGCUGCUCCCUCCCAGUUUUAUAACGCUUGUUGUUGCUGGUGUAAGUCGACACGAGUAAAAUGUUUCAAAUGUUUAGAUUCAGGACACAACCUGCUGCUGUGCUGAACCAGGAAUUUAUUCUACACAUUAAUGCUUUUUCUUUAAACAUUUGAAAUUUAUGCCGUGGUUCAUCAAACACUCAAUUAAAAUCACACUUUUCCAGCAGCGCACUUUGGAGUGAAGUGAUGAUUCUUUAAUAAAAGCAUAAUUAAUUUCUCUUAAAGCUUUAAAUCCAGCUGAUCAACACGUUUCAAUGCAUCCUAAAAGGGACCUCUGGUGUUUAUUUGGGCUGUUUCACACAUUGUAAUGUGCUGCUUGUUAUUUCUGCGUAUGUCAGAUGUUUUAUUUUCUUUUAAAAAUGUGAAAAUUGAAUAAAACUACUGUUCGGGGACAUGGUACUUUAAGAGCGACUGUAUCCAUGUGCAUAAUGCAAUUUAUAAAUUUUAAUUUCAAUAAAACACGUUUCCUCCA